AUGAACACGGAGCACGUUACAAAGGACCAGCGUCUCCGAGCCCGGCCAGAUCCCUCAGUCACCCGCGCUGGGAUGUACAGGAUCUCUCGUCACCUGCACCGGGAUUUUCCAGCCGCGUCCAGGGGACACCAGCGCCUUGGAGCGCACUCGCUUCCAGCCAGCGGCCACCUAACUAAGUUCAAGCGUCCCGUAUUUCGGGUUCGGUCACGCUCCGAUGCCGAAGCCCCCCAGCAGGACGCAGAAACACGGGCGAAGCCCCGCCGACGUGUCGGCUUCGCAGCUCAGAUGCUGGGCUCGCACCGCCUGGAGCCCGGGACUUGGGCUGCAGGAGGGACUGUUUGGCCAUGUUUGAGCAAGAGGGAAGUAUUCAUAAGGAAAGUACUGAAACGAGUCUAUGGUGAAACUUCUUCAUCUUCUGCUGUGCAUACUUCGAGUGGAGAAAAGGAGGCAGUUCUUGGAAACCUGGGCUCAAAAUCCAAAGGCAAGGAUUUGGAGAAUGCUCAGACUUUGUCAGCAGAUGCCAGUACAUCAGGUGAUACACACUGCAAAUCACUUCAAGGUAAUGAAAAUACAAUUCCGCCUCCAAGGAGAGUGUACACGGUGGAUCUCCCUCCUGAGGGUUAUGUUGCAAUUGCUGAAGAUAUCGAUAGUGUCUCAGUUUCUGAAAAAUCCGAGAGUGGUGCUGACUCAACAGAGGAGGAGUAUCAAGGACAAACUAAGAGAAAGCGCGUUCGAAGGAAGAAACAAAAGAGCAAUUUGCAAAACCCUAACAAUUUACAUGGAGAGCAAACAGAAUCUGGAAUUCAAAAGACUCUUGUGCAAGAGAAUUUACAGCUGCAGCAGAUAGACAGCCCCAAAAUAAGCAAAAACAAAAAAAGGAAAAUGAAAAAAAAGCGACAAAAGGAAAAAAUGAGAGCAGCUGGCUUGCUAACAAAGACUACUGGUGUAGAUUUUACAUACCAGCCGGAUAAAAACAGCAGUGAAGAAAGAGCAGACCGUAAGGACAUAGAUGAAAAGGCACAUGGAGUUCUAGACUUCUUACAGGCAACACAGCAAAUUUAUUUUGCUGACAAUAAAUCGGAAUGCAAAGAUCCAGCUGUAAAUUCAGCAGCUGUCCAAGAGUUUUUACAGUAUCUUGAAUCUCGCACCAUGGCUUCCUCAGAUGUGACUCUUCUGCAUCAACUGAAAUCCCUUGUAUUGCUACAGGAUAUUGCAAGGUUGAGGAAUGCUUUGCAAGAAUUCCAGGAACAUUCCCUGAUGCCUCCUGAUCAUAUCAAGAUAGUCUCUUCUCUGUUUCACUACUGGAUUACAGAUAUCCUUCCUGUGCAGAACAGGAAAUAAAUGGCCUGUGUCCAUGUGUGCAAGGUUAAAUGUAAAAUACAAACUCUUAUCCAAGUAGCAGUUGCUCAGGAAGAGCAGUGUCAGUAU